AUGCAGUCCUUAGCCGUUUCUUGCAGCUCGUCAGCCAUGCUUGCGGGAGCUAACUCCCUGCAAUCAGCGUCGUCGUCGUCGUCGUCGUCGCUGAUUCAACGAGCGCCAGCUGGGGCUCGCAGCAUUUCAUUCGCGAGGCCCGGGCGACUGGGGAGUGGACUCGGGCGAAGGAGAGUGAUGCUGGUGACGGCAGCCACAGGCGGGGCGAAGGGGUUCGGCAAGGCGGACGACGGCAAGAGCCGGAAGCCCGGUCCCAACAAAGGCAGCGGACCCCCCAAGCAAGAUGCGGCCAUCCCAGGCGUCAAUGAAAACGAGUGGGCGCCCGAUGUGUCGGCGGCGCAAGAGGUGUCUCAGAGGCCCUCCCGUGCUGCCUCGGAUGACGACCGGCUGUUUGAGGAGCGCCUGAGGGAAGUGCGCCGGCAAGCGGAAGAGAAGAAGCGGGCGAAAGCAGUGCAAAGCACAGCAGCCAUAGACUAUGACAACCCGCAGACAGAGCCCCUGGUGGACACCGCUGCUCUCACCAAGGACCUCCCCACUAAGAUUGGCAUUGGCAUAGCGGCUACGGUGUUUGCAGCCAUCUUCGCCUUCGGAGACAUUCUCCCCACCCCUUCCUCCCCCCCGCAGCAGCAGAUGGUGGAUGCGAGUGGCAUUGCAGUGAACAAGAUGAGCGACGCUCAGAGGAAGCAGCGAGAGGACCAACUGAAGGAGUUUGAGGGGCGGCUGGCGGCCACACCAGACAACCGGGAGGCACUGGAGGGAGCUGCAGUGCUGCAUGCGGAGCUGGGGCAGUAUGGGCAGGCGGCUCAACGCCUGGAGCAGCUCAGCCAGGUCGCCCCGGAGGAUCCCGAGGUGCAGCGCCUUCUGGGGGAGGUGCGAUUUGAGCUGGGCGAGUAUGGUGCCAGUGCUGCGGCUUACAGGCGGGCAAUCAAGAUAUCGCCUGUGGAGUCUCUGGAGGUGCUGCAGGGGCUGACAGGCGCUCUGCUGGCUGACAACAAGCCGCAGCAGUGGACGAGCUGCUGGCAGCGCGGGCAGCGGGUGGAAGCAGCAGCAGGGAAGGAGGCGGAGGAGCAGGAGGGGGUGGCGGAUGAGGUGCAGGUGGCGCUGCUGCUGGGGAAGGCGUAUGCGGCGUGGGGGCGGCCGGGGGAUGCGGCUGCGGUGUACGACGGGCUCAUUGCCUCCCGCGCGGACGACUUCCGAGGCUACCUGGCCAAGGUCUGCAGCAACAUCAAGGAUGCCGCUGCGGUGUACGAUGGGCUCAUCGCCUCACGCCCGGACGACUUCCGAGGCUACCUUGCCAAGGCGAGAUACCUGGCACCAGACCAGGUGAAGGUGCUGGUGGAUCGGCUGGCAAAAAGAUGA